AUGAUUGAUCUAUCCGAGUUCAAAACGGUGGGCUUCAUCGGUCUGGGCGCCAUGGGCAGGCCGAUGCUUGCGCAUUUAGCAAACAAGCUGCCGCGAGAAUCGCACAUAUGGAUAUUCGACGUGUUGGAACAGGCAGUGGACGAGUUGUGCGCCGACUAUCCAGACAAGGUAUCCAAGGCGAUGAGUGCAAGAGAUGUAGCGGACAAAGUGGACACGGUAAUAACAAUGGUUCCCGAGGGUUCGCACGUCCGCUCAGUCUACCUGGAUCCUAAGAAUGGUGUUUGCAGUACGGAUAUUUCGAAUAAGCUGCUCAUUGACUGCUCGACAAUAGACACAGCGACGAGCCUGGCAGUCAAGAACCACAUAGCGGAAAACUUUCCUACAGCUUCAUUCUAUGAUUCGCCUGUUAGUGGAGGAGUAGUCGGCGCUAUCAAGGGCACAAUUGCAAUCUUUCUGGGAUGCUCAGAGUCAGACCCGAACCUCGAACGACUGACAAAGCUAAUGGGGCUCAUGGGCAAACAAAUCAUACCUUGUGGCGGCCCCUCACUCGGUCUUGCUGCGAAGUUGUCAAACAACUACCUAUCUGGCGUGAUAGCGAUAGCUUGCUCGGAAGCAUUUGACAUGGGCAUGCGAUCUGGGCUAGACCCUCGGACACUCGCGAGAGUGUAUGCUGCUGGAACUGCACAGAACACUAUCUGCGACAAGUUUUGUCCAGUGCCUGGUGUGUAUUCUGAGGCACCAUCGACAGGAGGAUACAAACAGGGAUUCAAGGUGCAAUUGAUGCGUAAGGAUUUUGGGCUUGCGGUAGAUAUGGCAAAUCGUGUGGGCGCAAAAAACGUACUUGGCGACGUCGGUCUCCAGACCUAUGAUGGUGCUGCAAAGGAUCCGCGGUGUAAAGACCUAGACUCUAGGGUUGUAUACCGUUAUCUUGGAGGGCAAGAGAACUGGCAGUCAAAACAUGAAUCUUAA